UAAAAUGGAAGGAGCCGCAAGCCAAAGGGGGGAGGGUACGAAAGGCUAAAACAAAUCCAAAAGGCUCUCGGUUGGGGCGGCUAAGAAAACAGGGGGGCUUCGGCAGAGGAGAUAGAGAAAACCGAGAGAGCUCUCGGCUAUGAAGGAGAAUUGAAAGGGCUUCGGUGAACAAAAAAAGGCCAAGAAAAACAGAGAGGGAGGCUGGCGGAGAGUAAAAAAAUAGAGCAAAACAAAGGAAGUGAAAAGGGGGCUAAGGGAAAGAAAACGAGAGGGGCGACCGAGGGCAAAAACUGAGGAAAAGGGGGUCGGAUGGAAGACUAAAAAAGGGCGACGGAAAAGGAAAAAGAAGAAAAACAGAGAGCUGGGGACGAUGGGAAAAUCUGGAGAGCUGAGAAACAGAGGGCAGAAGAAAGCAAGGGGUUGGCGGCUGAGAUUUUGGAGAGGAAAAUAGACGGACUGACGGACGAAGGGAUAAUGUCGUUAAAGCUACAGAAACGGCUCGCCGCCAGCGUCCCCAAGUGCGGCAGAGGCAAGGUCUGGUUGGCCAAUGGAGGCACUGAAAUCUCCCUGGCCGAUUCCAGAAUGAAGAAGUUGAAGAGAAAGGGAUGCCAUUCUGGAUACGGUAAGCACUCUUUUUUCCUUUCAAAUUUUAGUUGUCUUUAAGCUCCCGAAAUUUGUUUUCCAUGCCUCUUGACUUGUAGUAAUUUCCUGUCAAUUUGGAGCACGUAUGUUAUAUAUGAUGAUUGGGUUUGAAAUUCUUUUUGUUCUGAUAAUUUUUUAGGCCAGUUGUAACGUAAUUGAGUAAAGUUUGUCGGAAUUUUUACAUGCCCAUUCCCUGUUUGUUAAGAUGCCCAAGUGAAACUUCUACUUGAAGGAUGAUUGAUUCGUAUUUUGUGUGUGAGGGAAAUAGAUGUUUGGUCAGUUUAACGCUUGGACAAAAACCUGAUAGUUGAUGAUCAGGGUAAAAAAAAAAAAGAAAAAAGAGAGUUUUGAGAAUUCUUGAUGUGUUGUUGUUCUCGUUUGGUAUUCUUGCCGGUUUUCUUUUGCGUAUAAACUUGAGCUGCAUCAUGAGAGGAGGUUUGUGCGAGUUUAUUCUUCUUUUGAGGAUGAAAGAUAGUUGGAUUUUUGAUGUUUUGUCCGAGAAAAACUGAGAUGAUAACUGAUGUAGAGCUCAGUGGAGAAGAUGAUUAUUUUGUCCAAAUUGCUGCUCACGUUCUCGUUUUGCAUCUUUUCGAUGGUUUUCUGUAGCUUGCAUCUAUGUUAAAUUUUGGUGGUUAGAGUUGCAAGGCCUUGUUGUUUUGGUUUGGGUGUUCGAUGUGUGAUUGGAUGUUGUUUGCAUCUGGUGCGAAUUUCAUAAGAAGUAUAGUUGCAGAAAACAUCCUGAUGACAUGCUCCUCCAUUUUUGUUCUUUGAUUGACAUUCAAGUGUUGGUCUCCUACCUGUUGUGUUGCGUUUUGGAGCUUAAUGGAAUGGGUUAAUGAAUUUGAUGAUUUUGGUUUGAGAUGGCCUAAGUUGCCUUGGUCGUACAUGCUGUAAAUUUGUAGAAAUCAGUGAUGAAGAAGAGUUUCUGUGAAGAAAAGGCUUUCUGCGAAGUAUGAAGCAUAAAUUUUUGAAAAUUACGAGUUAACCCCUUAAUUUCUGUCUAAUUUUAUUGUGGCCCAAAAUCUGGAAAAAUCGAAUUAGUUUCAUCCUUUUAAGUUUAAUCCUCUGUUUGCAUGUUUUAUGUGUGACUUUUUUUGAUAGAUUGAUUUUGGAAUUUAAUGCAUAAUCAAAGCUUAGUAAUUUUAGUUGGGUUUUUAUCUUGUUGGGUUUAGUAUUAUGGUUUAGAUUGUGGGUCAUAACAUUUGUUUGGGUUUAUAAAAUGGGGGUUAAUUCAUUUUUGUUUGGGUUUCUGACUUGGGCUCAGGAAGUAACAGCCCACUCUUUUGGCUGGGUUUAUUUUGUUGUAAAGUGUAGGCUAGCCCGUUUGUCUUGUUUGGAUCUCGAUUUGGGGCUAAGAGGGGUUUUGGCCCAAGAAAUGAAUAGAACGGCCCAAUGGCCUGGCUUGCCAAGAAUCCGGAAACCAAAGUUGCAAAUCAGUCCUCGGACUUUUCCUUGAUUAUAUUACGGCCCUACAAACUUUCAAUGCUUUCAAUUGGGUCCCUAAUGUAAUUGCAAAGAAGUCCCUAAACUUUAUUUUUCUUUAAUUUUGACCUCAAAACUUUGUUAAUGUUUGCAAUUAAGUCCCUGCUUGUUUUACUUUCUUCAAUGUAGGUUGUUUACAUGAAUUAACUAAUUCAAUUUCAUGUUUAUUUUCAAUUCCAUGAUUAUUUGUCAAUUAAAGCGAUGCCUUGACCCUUUCUUUUAUUUUGGAGGGCAAAUGAGUGAUUUCAUUUCAUUAGGGACACCAUUUCCAGGGAGAGGAUCUACAAGUUGAGGCAAUGUACUUGUAUUGCUGCUGGAUAGCCGAAGGAAUGGUUGGGGGUCAAGGAGAAGAGACGUUAGUGGAAGUGGCAGAAUAGUAUUUGACUGAGCUGGUUAGUAGGUCUAUGGUUCAAGUAGAAGUGACUGAGUUUCCCACAACAACAACAAUCCGGUACAAUUCUUGCUGGCUUCAUGGUCAUAUGAGAGAACUAUGUUUGAUGAAAUGUAUAGAAGAAGAUUUUCUUAAGGUUGUGGAUUUUCAAGACAAAUCUGGAGAAGUAAAAUUCUGGGAUCCUCAUCCAAUAAUUGGCAGUAAUGAUACAUAUAGAUUGGCUAUCCAUACAGACAGAGACGUUGAUGGUGAUGCUAUUGUUACACAAGAAAUAUCUGAACAACAACUACGCUCCUUCAUAUCCAUUAAUCUCGGACAAGGUGAAAAUUGGUCUGCAGAAAUUGCAUGGUCCCCAAAAAUAUUUAACAAGUUUAAGUACCUUCAUGUUCUAGAUUUUCAAUUCUACAGUUUUGGGGACAACAAGAUAUUAGAAGUUAUCGAGGAGCUGAUCCAUCUGAGGUUUCUAAGCUUUUGCAACUCUAAUAUGGAUGAGUUGACAUUGGGAAUAUUCAAUUUGCCCUUCUUACAAAGCCUAGAUCUACGGCUGGAUUAUUGGAACGUCCCCACCAAAGUGCCAAAUCAGAAUGUCAAGUGGAAAGCUAAAAGACUGAGAAACAUCUUCUUUGAGAAUACCGAUGCAAGGCUAGUUGAUCAAGGGAAAUUCAGAUUACUUGGUUUAGAUCAGCUGGAGAGACUAUCUAAUUUUUGCAGUGAAACAAUGGAAGUAAGAGAUCUCUGCAAGUUGGUUACCCUUCAUUACUUCUCUGCCACGAUUUUUGGUAAUGAAAGCCUUUCUUUAGUCCUCAGUUGCAUUGAAGAGAAUUGGCCCCGUAUUAGACAUGUGGAGAUUCAUAUCAAGAAUUGUCAUUUUACCAGCUUGCAAAAUGAAAAUGGGGCUUCCAAUCUUUUAAGGAAGGUUUUCAUGUCCCGCAACCUACAUGGCUUGUCAAUCGAAGGAGGCCUAGGUAGAGGACUAGCCAAUUUGGGAUCAGAAUUGGCAAUAAAGCUGCAUUGGCUGGAAUUGAUUCGAUCUGAGAUGGUAGAAGACCCCUUGGAAAUGUUGGAGAAGCUUCCCAACCUAAGAAAGCUUCGAUUGGUUGGAGCUUUUGUUGGGAAAGAAAUGGUUUGUCAUGCAAUGGGCUUUCCCAAUCUCAAACAUCUUGUGCUCCAAGGAUUGCACAACUUAGAGAAGUUGAGGGUUGAUGAAGGAGCCAUGUGCAAUCUCUCUAGACUUCACAAUUCACAUUGAGGAUUGCAAAAGGUUGGUGAAAUUUCCCGAUAGUUUGAGAUUCUGUCGUCCUCUCAUGGAGCUAAACAUUGUCGGCAUGCCAAAAAGAAUUUAGUGAUAGCAUGCAGAAGGUCAAUGGUCUUGGCAAAUCCAUUUUAGUGGAUUAGACUAAUAAAAAGCCAAUAAGUUGAUUUUAUAUGGUAAUAAGGUAUUGAUAUUUCUGCUAAACAAUAAGGUAAAAAGGGUACUGGGAUGCCUAUUUCAAAUAGAGCCGACAGAAGUGUAUUAUUUAUUUCAAUGAAAAUGUGUACUGAACUUUGUACA